GUCAAGAGGAAGGUGGCAGCUAAAAAAGACAUUGUGAAAUCCAGUGCACUGAAGUUCAAUCUUUACACCUAACACAUGCCAUUUAAUCAUUGAGCAACACAGUCAAUCAGCACCGUACUGAGACGCAAGCUGUCACAGAUUUUAACACCGCACCUUGAACGCUCUUAUCUUCUGAACGUCGGAUUGUUGUCACAGCCCACAAAGUUUUCCAGGCAGAGAAGAUACUACAAGCACAAGCAUGGGAGAGUGGGGCUUUCUCUCCAAGCUGCUGGACAAAGUGCAGUCUCACUCCACGGUCAUCGGGAAGGUGUGGCUCACUGUUCUCUUUGUCUUCCGGAUCAUGGUUCUCGGAGCUGGGGCUGAAAAAGUGUGGGGCGACGAACAAUCAAAAAUGAUCUGCAACACUAAGCAACCCGGUUGUACGAACGUGUGUUACGAUCACACCUUUCCAAUCUCCCACAUUCGCUUCUGGGUACUUCAGAUCAUCUUUGUGUCCACGCCAACGCUCCUAUACUUCGGCCACGUUCUGCAUAUCCUCCACAAAGAAAAGAAACUGAAACAGCUGAUUGAAAGCCAUGCGGAAAAGCAAGGCCUCAAACAACCCAGAUACACCGACGAUUAUGGCAAAGUUUUAAUCAAGGGCCAAUUGUUAGGUAGUUAUCUAGCCAGCCUGUUUGCUAAGAUAUUGCUUGAGGCUGCAUUUAUUGUAGGCCAGUAUUAUAUUUACGGUUUCGUCAUGAUCCCUAAGAUAGAAUGCUCCCAAUCUCCUUGCCCUUAUACGGUUGAGUGUUACAUGUCUCGUCCCACAGAGAAAACCAUCUUUAUCAUCUUCAUGCUGGUGGUGUCAUGUAUCUCUCUGCUUCUGAACGUGAUCGAGAUGUUCUACCUGAUAUGCCGCAGGUCCAAGAAACGAUGAGCAUGGUUUUGCAAGGUUUAAACGGAUCAAAGAUGUACAUUACAGGAACUUCAAAGUUUACCUAAACUUAAGGCUGAAAAGUUCAUGUUAGAUGUUGUAAGCUUAUCCAUAGCUAAAUGAAUGUAGGAUCUGGGUAUUCAAAUUCAAUCCAUUUUGUGAUCAUCUGGUUUUGCUCUGUUUUUGUUUUGGUGUAAAAUGAUUGUAUGUCUUUUUGAACAAUGUUUACACCAGAAUGAAUGUUGAUGAACAUCUGCAUGGUGCCACAGAGCAUUUCAGGUAAUUUUAGAUGGACUAUAUUUAACUUUUAACCUUUAUUAAAAUAAUGACUUGCCAUAUGACUUAUCAUUUAUGUCUUUUUAUAAAAUUGUGCAAUGCUCUAAUUGUCUUACUGUAGAAUUGUUAUAUAGUUGUAACACACAACGUUUUCUUAUUUUCAUAAAUAGAUUCUCUCUUGUAACUGUAUGAGAGGAGAGAAGCGUUAGUAUAUGAAGUUAUUUGUUUCAUAAAAGCAUAGCUCAUGCUAAUUUUAGUACUUACGUAUUGUGCUUUUAAUUAUGAACUGUGUUCAUUAGUUAAAAUGACUUUAAAACCUUUGUAAAUAAUGUAACUAUGUUUUUUCUUGUUAAGGUGUAGAAAAGUAUUGCUCAGCUGGAGAUGUGUAGGGGUUGACAUGUUUAUUAGGACUUAAAAGUUUCAAUAAUUUUCAGCAAAGAAUUAAAGGAGCAACCAAACAUAUCAAUUGUAUCAUUUACUCAUCCUGAUGUCCAAACCUCCCCAAUAGAAGAUCUUAAGGUAUCACUCAAGUACUUCAUACGUUGUUGGAACGUUGUUAGAAUCUCGUUUGUUCUAUUUAAGUAGUAUGCGUAUAUUUCAAAAUUUUAAUUCAUCAAUAUUCAACAUUGCGUCUGAGGUGACACGCCAGAUUUGACGUCAUACUGCCAACGUUGUUUCUCAGAUGUCUUGUUACUUGCCUGACGUUUUUAAUUUUUUAUCUAUUUAUGUUUUUAUUAUUGUGGGUUAACUAUUCCUAUGAUGGAAUGUGGAGUACACUUCUACAUUUUUUUUUUUUAUUGAAACGGCAUUUAAAAAAACCUUUUUAAUUAAAAAUAAUAUUAUAACAAAACGUGAAAAUGUAAAUAUAAAAAUAUCCUGAAUAAAAAAAACUUAAGUCCUUU